AUAGUCACGUGAGGCCGGAGUGUGACGUGGACCGGUUGGAGAAUGAAUGAGUUGGCCGGGGAGAGCACGACACACUGAGUCAAACGCACCCAGGGCACGGAGCAGUCGGGUGGGAUGCUGUGAACCGGCUUCUUUGUCUCUUUGGUGAAUUUCGGGGUUUUCAGCUUCGCGUAAAAAUUCAAUCGGUUUUCGUCUGGAAGUGCACAAUGGCACGAGGAGAGGGCGCGGAGCAGUACGCGGCGAGUCUGCUGACAAUCAAACCCGUAAGCACGGAUAUCAAGACCGUAAAGGCAAGGACUCAGAGAAAUCGUCUGUCUGUGUGGAAUAAACUGUGCUAUGCCUUCGGAGGAGCUCCCUACCAGAUCACAGGCAGCGCUCUGGGCUUCUUCCUCCAGAUCUACCUGCUGGAUGUCGCACAGCUGGAUCCUUUCUAUGCCUCCAUCAUCCUGUUUGUGGGCAGGGCUUGGGACGCGGUCACUGACCCGACCGUGGGGUUCCUGGUGAGCCGGAGCCGGUGGACCGGCGUGGGCCGGAUGAUGCCCUGGAUCCUCUGCUCCACUCCGUUUGCGGUGCUGACGUACUUCAUGAUCUGGUACGUGCCGCCUUUCGAGGAGGGGAAAGUCAUCUGGUAUUUGGUGUUUUACUGCCUCUUCCAGUCCAUGCAAACGUGCUUCCACGUGCCCUAUUCUGCCCUCACCAUGUUCAUCAGCACGGACCAGAAGGAGCGGGACUCUGCCACCGCCUACCGUAUGAUGAUCGAGGUUUUGGGCACAGUGGUGGGCACUGCCAUCCAAGGACAGAUAGUCGGUGGAGUGUCCAGCUGUCCGGCUGAGUCUGAAGACGCCAACGGCACAAACUCGUCCACGAUCAACAUUACUCGAGUAUCACUGGAUGAGACGAAACGGGCCUACAUGGUUGCUUCGGCGGUCAUCUGCCUCAUCUACGUCGUGUGUGCUGCCAUCUUGUUUUUUGGCGUGAAGGAGCGAAAAGACACUGGGAGGAAGAAGUCUGAGCCCCUCACCUUCCGUCAGGGACUGUGGGUGAUUGUUAAUCACGGGCCGUACGUCAAACUGGUCAUCGGCUUCCUCUUCACAUCUCUGGCCUUCAUGCUGUUGGAGGGGAACUUCGCCCUCUUCAUCACCUACGCUCUCGGCCACAGGAAAGAUUUCCAGAACAUUCUGCUGGUGAUCAUGCUUUCUGGAAGUCUAACCAUCCCAUUAUGGCAGUGGUUUCUGACCCGGUUUGGGAAGAAGAAAGCAGCUUACUUUGGAAUCUCGUGGGCCGUCCCCUUCAUGAUCCUGAUAGUUUCCGUUAAGAGCAACCUGAUCAUUUCCUACCUGGUGUCGGUGGCUGCGGGUGUGAGUGUGGCGGCGGCGUUCCUCCUGCCCUGGUCGAUGCUGCCCGACGUAGUGGAUGACUUCAAAGUUAAGAAUCCAGACAUCCAUGGUCACGAGGCUCUUUUCUACUCCUUCUAUGUGUUCUUCAUCAAGUUUGCCUCUGGCUUGUCUUUGGGUAUCUCCACCCUCAGCUUGAAAUUUGCUGGCUACGUGACGGGUGAGUGCUCGCAGCCCGACUCGGUCAGCUUAACCUUAAAAGUGCUGGUCUCUCCGGUGCCGGUGGUCCUCAUCGCCGUGGGGCUGCUGAUACUGAGGACCUACCCCAUAGACGAGGAGCGGAGACAAGGCAACCGCAAACUUCUGCAGGAAAUGUUGGAUUCUGAAUCGGAAACGUCGGAUCUUGGGAGCAGCGUGUAGUCACGCCGCGUCCCGCUGAGACCACACCACCUGUCACCACUAACAGAAGACCUCAGAGCAAUACUCACGAUGGACUCAUGACUUAUGAUUGUGGGCACUAACCAACCAGCUCCGGUGGAUCACAGGUUUGCACCGUCCUCUAGUGGCGGGCCAGUGUGUGUGAAGCCUUCUGUCUGCCGCUUACGUGUCCUGGUUCCUUUAUUUUCCCUCGAACGGGAGAAAAAAACCUACACGAUGUGUUAUUUCUGCCAGUGUAAAGCCAAAGUCCCAGGAUAGCUUUUCCUCUGUUUAUUUAUUAUUUGUCUUUAUUUGUCUUUUUUAUUUUUCUCAACAUGUCUUUUGUGUCAUUGUCGAGUUGAGAUGGAGCGCAGAUGUCUGUCCAUGUGUAAACCUCACAAGUGCGUCCAAAGAUGUUUGUAACCAGAUGUUCCUGGAGCUUUCUGUUUUUUGUCUGAGGUCUUUUUGGACCUCAGGACUUAGGGCCACGCUCCCGUGUGGCUGCUUUACAUCCUCCCUCACGAGGUAUUUAUGAGCUGGUUUGCUACCAUCAGUGUUUACCACGACACGGCUGUGUGUCAGAGGCCGCUCCGAAGGAGACGCUCAGCAUCAGCCCUCAUUUGUAGAGGGCGCUCUUCCUCUCACUGGAACCGUUUAGGUUUCGAGUUACAUCUUUCAAGAAGACAAAAAAAAAACUCGUACUUGAAUCUUCAGAGGGUGAAAAUGUGUCUUGUAUGUGUCUUGAAUCACUGCCUUAUCAGCACAUGUUGCAUAUUCAGGCACAAUGAGAUAUUCUCAUGAAAAUCUUUCCUUUUAUUUGAGAAAAACUUUUUACCGUUAAGAUAUUUGAGUUUCCGUUAGAUUUAAUAUAUUUUCGCCUGAAUUUUCUUUUAUAGCAAAGUCAAGUCAAACUUGAAGUCAUUUCAUCUUUAGCAUGGUCUCAUUCCCCCGACACGGGGAAAAAUGCUUUAUUUAUUUGAAAAGAAAACUGCCAAGGGAUUAUCAUUUUUCUUAUGAAAACAUAUUUGUGUAAUUUAUUAACAACUCUUAUUUAACUUUGAUCUUUACGUCCAGAGGAGAACUCUGAUGAUGAGAUAAUCAAAGUGGUGUCUUUCUUUGUUGGUUUUCAAGAAAAAAGCAGCACAGUCACCAAACUAGCUUUUCAGAGCUGUGACUCCCAGCAUUUGCUUCCCAAGCCCAGAUAUUUAUUGAAAGCUUUCAAUGGUCAGUAGUCUUCACCCAUUCCACGCUGUGAAGGUUUCAUAAAGCAAACUUAUUGCUUUUUUUUUGUAUAUUUUUUUUGUAGUAGGGCUUUGAAAUUGCACUGAAUGAACUGAACUGAAUGAAGCACAUUUCACCUCCCACUGGUCUUGUAAUGUAAAUGUUGUAAAUACUUUUUUGAGGUCUGGUGAUGAUGAGCAAUAAAUCAGCAAAGAAAAGAAACGAUAUAUUGUAAAUCUGUAAUUUUAAGACUGUGAAUAAAGUUGGUCUAAGCAGAGGAAAUGAG